UGCAGGUGCAACUCCGAGAUACCCUACGAGAGGCUCCAAUCACUUUGUGAUCCUCUCCUCUCUUGCCCUCUGUGAAAAUGAAGAUAAACUCCAAGGCAAUCUGGGCACUCAGGUCGAGAGGAAUACUCUUUUUUUCCUCCUAGGGUUCCAAGAUCCCAACUGUCUGUAUCUAGCAUUUCGGAUAAUAAAUUCGGUCUUUGCCCACCUUCUGUGGCUAGGGCUAAUGGAUGUUUGUGGGGGCAAAGGAACCUAGAAUUUUCUAAUCUUGUCGCAAGUCUCGGGGCGGGUAUUGGUUGGCAGGUUGUGCGAGAUCGGAGGUUUCCUAGAUCAAAGGGUGAUUAGCUGGUGAAUGGCUCUGUGGGUAGUACUUGCUUGAUGUGGAAGAAGUUAUGGAUAAUGUCGAUCACUUGUGCCAUUCCACGGUUUGCCUUUGGUGUUAAUUGCAUCCCACUGGGCUCUCGCCAUGACUCUGCACCCCUUCAGCGAUCGCUCCACCUGGAAACGACACCCUCCCUUCCCUCUCAACCAAGGAAUAUGAUGACCAAGCAGACUAAAACUCAGAAGGUCAAAAGGGGGAUGGACACAUUGAGAAAGUUUCGAGAACAGGUUGCCAAGCAGCAGCAGGCCGUUUUCAAACAAUUUGGUGGUAGUGGAUAUGGAGGUUCUGAUAUGAUAAUUACAGAUGAGGCAGAGCUUGUACAACAUCAAAAGCUAGAAAGACUUUACAUUUCUACAAGGGCAGGCAAGCAUUUUCAGCGAGACAUUGUUCGAGCUGUAGAAGGACUCAUAGUAGUUGGUUCUAAGCAGCUUGAAAUAGGAACUAAAUUGUCUGAAGAUUGUCGAAAAUAUGGAGUUGAAAACCCUUGUACCAGUGGUGACACUCUAGCAAAAGCUGCAUUGAACUAUGGAGCAGCUCGUGCUCGUGUGGAAAAGGAACGAGACAACUUACACAGAGCACUUGGUACCCAGAUUGCAGAGCCCUUAAGGUCAAUGGUCAUGGGAGCUCCCUUGGAAGAUGCUCGUCAUCUGGCUCAACGAUAUGAUCGGAUGCGGCAAGAGGCUGAAGCACAGGCAGGUGAAGUUGCAAGGCGCCAACUGAAAGCCAGAGAAGCCACAGGCAAUCCAGAUAAUGGAAUGAAAUUGCAAGCAGCUGAAUUCAAGAUGCAAGAACUAAAGUCAAAUAUGUCAAUUUUGGGAAAAGAAGCUGCAGUUGCAAUGGCAGCUGUUGAAGCACAACAACAACGUUUGACUCUUCAGCGCUUGAUUGCCAUGGUUGAAGCUGAGCGUACAUACAACCUAAGAGUAGCACAAAUUCUUGAUGAGGUGCUUAGAGAGAUGGCUUUCGAACGGCAGCGCAUUGAAUCUGCACCCUCUGCUGUUGCUGAUAAUCUCCCCCCACCUCCAUCGUAUGAAGAAGCAAACCUUAGCAGUACUCACAGUUCUCAAAAUUCAGCCUUUGAUAGAUCUGUUGAGAAUGCUAUCUAUUUUUUAGGAGAGGUUAUACAUGCAUUUCAAGCUGAGACUGAUGUGGAGCUUAGCCUGGCUGUUGGUGAUUAUGUUGUUGUUCGUCAGGUCUCUCCUACAGGCUGGGCCGAGGGGGAAUGCAAGGGCAAAGCAGGCUGGUUUCCAUCAAAUUAUGUUGAGAAACGAGAGCGUGUUCUAGCCAGCAAAAUGGCUGAAGUAUUCUGAUUUCUUCUGAUUGUGUGUUGGUUGUUACACCAGUGUUUUAGGCCAUCGAUUAAAUUCAUUAUUUACAAGAGCCUUUGAGUAUACCUUUAGAAUGUUGUGGUGAGGUUCUCUUUUUCGACAGCAGAUUAUUACUAGUCAUGAAUUUUUCAUGAGGACAGUAUAUGUUAAGGCAUCUACUGCUUGUAGUUCUGGAAGAUAAAUCAAUGUGUAGGUUACUUGAAAUUGGCACUUAUGUUUUGCCAUAUGAUCUUACGUUAGUUCUCCUCUAGUUGAAAUUCAGUAUUUAGAGUGACUGAUCUCUAAAUAUAGUUUUGUAAUUUGUCUAACUAAAACAUUGUAUCAUUGUCAAUAAACAAAUUGAGUCGUCAAUUUUGGCACAGCGUUCUUUUUCCAUGAAUGCUACUUCUAUGUAAUCUCAAAGUUGCACUCGCUAUGCUAGAAUGAGGAGGAGACAAUUCCACUUUA